AUGAGUACUGUUGGAUACAGGUCAGAUGAGGAAUGCUCCGUUAUAGGGGAUAAGGCUGAAAUUGCAUUUUUAGAUUUUGAGGAAGAGAGAUCUGUUUGCAGUUACGUUCCUGAUGACGGGGCUCCGGUAGUCGUAUCUGUCCCGUUUGCAUUUGUGAAUGGGAAGCCUCAAUCGGUAUUUCUUGGAGAUACUGCUGUCGAUUUAAUAACUGUUAAUAAUACUACUGAUGAACCAAUCGACCUGUGGAGUGUUAAUAUUUUGGCGUCAAAUCCUCCAGACUCUUUUACUCUUUCUCUCAUGGAGCCUUCACGGGAAAAUUCAGAUUCAGAGAGCUUUCUAGAAUCUUUCAGAGUGGAGGACAGGAUGCUUCAGCCUCGUGAGACCUUAAAUAUAUGGCUCUCUUGCAAGACAAAAGACAUGGGCAUGUACUCAUCUGUAGUGUAUUUUGACAUUGGAGAUGAGAAAAUGGAAAGGGUGGUUUUCCUCUUAGUUGAAGACAAGAUCUCAAAAUCUCUGGCUUCUAACAGACCUUAUUCAAGAGGAAGGAAGAAAGAAAAAUUUGUUGUUGACUCUUUUGUACCCGGCUCACGCCCUGCAGGGAAGGCAAAUCGAAAGUACGUUAAUAGGCUUCCAAGAUAUGACAUCCCCAAGGAUAUUAGACUCAUGCUUGAGGACAAUCAGGUCCCUCAAGUUGUUGAAGAUGGUCUUACAAGAAGGAAUUAUGCGGCUUAUUUCAAAACACUAAUCAUAAUGGAAGAGAUACAAUUAGAGGAUGAUAUGAGAACUUAUGACAUGGAAUGUAUAACUAUGAGAACGAGAGGCAAUAAUUAUUUGUCCUUGGAGGUACCUGGGCUUGCUGAGAGAAGGCCAUCACUGGUGCACGGGGAUUAUAUCUUUGCCAAGCUGGCUUCUGAACAAGACCAAAACACUGCACCUGUUUAUCAGGGAUUUAUUCACCGGGUUGAAGCUGACGAGGUCUAUUUGAAAUUUGAUCCUGAAUUUCACUAUUACCAUAGAGAUGAAGAUCUUUAUAAUGUCCACUUCACGUAUAAUAGGAUCAAUAUGAGAAGGUUAUAUCAAGCAGUUGAGGCAGCAGAAAACUUGGGAACUGAGUCUCUUUUUCCAUCUACUUCCAGAAGAAGGUGCAUUAAAACCACUAAUCUGGUUCCCAUUUCUGGUUCUUUAAAUGAGGAGCAAAUGCGUUCUAUCAAAAUGAUUCUGGGUUGCAGAGGUGCACCGCCUUAUGUGAUUCACGGGCCUCCAGGUACAGGAAAGACUAGGACAAUAGUUGAAGCAAUCCUCCAGCUCUACCAACAUUAUAAGAAUACUCGUAUUCUUGUCUGUGCCCCCUCAAACAGUGCAGCAGACCACAUACUGGAGAAACUCCUUGCUGAAAAGGAUAUUGAAUUUCGAGAUAGUGAAGUAUUUAGGCUCAAUGCCACUACCAGGCCAUAUGACGAUGUAAAAUCUGAAUUUCUUCGUUUCUCCUUCUUUGACGAGAUGAUAUUUAAGUGUCCCCCAGUCAGUGCCCUCAAACAUUAUAGGAUUGUGGUAUCCACAUAUAUGAGUGCAUCUCUUCUUUUUGCAGAAGAUGUUUCCCGCGGUCACUUCUCUCACAUUUUCUUGGAUGAGGCUGGCCAAGCUUCAGAACCUGAAACCAUGAUCCCUAUAGCCCAUCUCUGCAGAAGAGACACUGUUGUUGUUCUGGCUGGAGACCCAUUGCAGUUAGGCCCGGUAAUAUUUUCCAAGAAAGCAGAUGAGUAUCAAUUGGGGGUUUCUUACAUGGAACGAUUGUUUAAAUGUGAGUUAUAUGGCAAUGGAGAUGCCAAUUAUAUUACAAAACUGGUGAAAAACUACCGAUGUCACCCAGAGAUUCUAUACCUCCCUUCAAAGCUGUUCUAUUUUGGGGAAUUGAUGGCAUGUAGAGAUUCCACAACUUUCACGAUGACUGCGGAUUUUCUCCCUAAUAAGGAUUUCCCUGUUCUUUUCUUUGGUAUCCAAGGCUGCGAUGAAAGAGAAGGGAAUAACCCUUCAUGGUUCAACCGAAUCGAAGUAAGCAAGGUUGUAGAAACUGUUAAGAGGCUGAUUGCUGGUGGUAAAAUAACUGAAGAAGACAUAGGCAUUAUAACCCCAUAUAAGCAACAAGUAUUGAAAAUAAAACAAACGCUUGAAAGUCUAGAAAUGCCUGAAGUCAAAGUUGGCAGUGUUGAGCAGUUUCAAGGACAAGAAAAAGAUGUUAUCAUUGUAUCAACUGUUCGAUCAACCAUAAAACACAAUGAGUUUGACAGAGUCCACUGUCUUGGCUUUUUGAGCAAUCAUAGAAGGUUUAAUGUGGCUAUAACUCGUGCUAUUUCAUUGCUGGUUAUAAUUGGAAACCCCCAUAUUAUAUGCAAGGACAAUCAUUGGAGCCAAAUGCUGUGGCACUGUGUGGACAAUUCAUCCUAUCUGGGUUGUGCUCUUCCAGAAAGGAUAGAACAUUUUGAUGAGGACGUUGGAGAGAACUCUGGCUUUGGCUUCAACGAAGAAUUUGGUCAAGAUUCCUUCCAGUCAGAGCUCCCUAAACCUGAUGAAUGGUCUGAUGGGUGGAAUUCUAACAAUGUAGAAUCUGGUCAUGGUGAAUGCUAUAAUGGCUGGAACACACCCUCUAACAAUGUAGAAUCUGGUCAAUAUUCCUUCCCAGAGCUCCCUAAGCCUGUCACCGAUGAGGCUGAAUGGUCUGAUGGCUGGAAGUAG